AUGAUCAUCAUUUUGUCAUUUGCAAGCGAUGCAAUGGGAAAUUUGAGGAAAUUAUGUGCGCCCCUUAAGGGGCAUUUAUAUACAUUUCAUAUCCGGUCAACAGCCAAUUCACCAGUUGAAGUUUGCUAUAGCGAAAAAAAACUGAAACAUGCUAUUUCGUUUGAUAGAUUGCGUGGUACAGGAAGUGGUAUCAGUGAUAGCGACGGUACCAUUUCUGGUAGAACGACAUCGCAAAUUGUUACAAGGAAAUCAAAACCUAUGACACCAACACCCUUGUCACAUACGAUACCUCCAAAAUCACCGGAAAGGACAGGAUCGCGUUCUUCCACUUCCGCAUCAUCUCAUGUUAGUCCUUCACCGCGUUCGAUAAGUAGUAAAACAAGCAGUACGUCGUUGCAAUCAAUCGGAAACGUACUGCAAGAUAACACAACAACAACGACCACACCUACUGCUGCAGUCGUGUCAUCGAAACGUUUGGUCCGGAAAGGUUUGGAUGUUUCGCCGGCAAUGCUGGAGUUUUUCGGUAUGAAGCCAAUUACGGGUUCAAAUGCAUGUUUUCAGUUCAUCGAAGAACGUGAGCUACCACCAUCCAAAAAAAACAAAAGAUAUGGAGAAUUAAAAGAAAGUAACGAUCUUUCAGCUGCUAUGAGUGGUAACAGUGGUGCUGAUCGAUCGGAUGAAAUGAGUAAGAGUCGACAAGUGAAAGGAUAUGGAAGAUAUUUGGGUGAGCCAGGACCAGAGCAUUUGCCUGGAGUGGAAAGUGAAAGGGGGACGAGUGAUGACCUUUAUGUGAAGGAUAAUGAGGGGCAAAUAAUGAUGAAGAAAGAGGUGGAACUAGGCCGAAUGAAGGGUAGUAAAUCGAAGGAAGAUAUGAAACGAUUAUCCAAGAAUGAUUUAAGCCACGAUAAGCCUGGUCCAGAAUAUUUCGAUAAUACAGCUGGUGAUGGUGAGGAUGGAGGAAAUAAAAUAGAGGAUGAUGAUAUAUUGAGAAAAAAAGAAUGCACCAGCAAUAGCUUCCCAAUAUUGGCCACAACAAGUCACGCAGUGGGAGCAGUAGGCAGUAAUGCAGUACGUAAUAUAGCGGAAGAAGGCGGAGGCAUUGGAGGAGGUCUAUCGACAAUGGUGACAACGAAUGCGACAGCGGAUGCGAUGAAAUCAUCAGUUGGAGUAGCAGUAGCACCAGCAGCAACAACAGGAGUAACAACACCAGUAACAGUACCGAUAACAGGAACAUCAAUGAAUUCCGGAAACGGUAGCACAUUUGGAUCUAUAUUUAUCAAAGGCGUGCAAAUUAUUAACGAUGAUUCAAUCUAUGUGGCAGAUGUACUCAUUCAAGAUGGCAUCAUUCAGGAGUUGUCUAGUAAGAUCGAAGAACCGCAAGGAGCACAAAUUAUCGAUGGAACUGAUAAAGCAUUAAUGCCCGCGGGUAUCGAAAUUCAUACAGAAUUCUCAUCACCGGAUUCUGUUGAUGACUUCGAAACCGGUUCAAAAGCUGCAUUAGCUGGUGGUACCACUACGAUAAUUAAUGUUAUCCAACCAAGGCUGAAUGAAACAUUACUAAAUGCAUAUGAUCGUUUGUGCAAAGUUGCGCAAUCAAAAUCAUCAUGUAAUGUUGCAUUCAGUGUGGUAAUUUCGGAAUGGAAUGAUAUGAUAAAAAAAGAAAUGAAUACAUUGGUACAUGACAAAGGCAUUAAUAGUUUUAUUAUUAAUAUCCAGAAAGACGAACAACUUUUUGAGAUUUUCGAAUAUUGUCGAAGUCUUCGAGUUCACGCUCGUAUACUUCCAGAAAAUAAGGAUAUCAUUGCUUUGUUAGAAAAUCGAUUACGUGCAUCUGGUAUUAAUGGUACGAAAUGUUCCCAGCUUUCAAGACCGGAAGCGCUGGAAGCAGAUAUGGUAAAUCAUAUUUCUGUACUUUCCAAAUUAACAAAUUGUCCGGUUACAGUGAUGUCGUUAUCUUCUCCAGGAGCUGCUGAGGUUUUACUGCGGCAGCGUAGUAACAUACUUAUACCAGAGAUUCCCGUAACAGCACUGGAUGCUGGAAAAAGCAAUUCAGCUUUGCACAUUUCAUGGAGAUAUGCUGAAUCACCGUCUGCAUUAAUAUCUUGUCUUUCUAGUUUACCAUUAUGCAUCUGUAUAUCCGAUCAUUGUAAAAUGCGAAAAAAAGAUUCAACCACGGAAAAUUUCGGACAAAAUGCUGUAUCCUCAGUGGAAGAGAAAAUGUCGAUAUUGUGGGCCAAAGGUGUUUUGUCAGGAUUCAUCGAUCCAAUGCGUUUCGUUGCUGUUACCAGCAGUAAUGCUGCCAAAGUGUUUAAUCUUUAUCCUAAAAAGGGAAAAAUUGCCGUUGGAGCAGAUGCGGAUUUGGUCUUGUGGAAAUUGUCCAUGGAUCAUCAAACGUCCAACUUAAAUCAACACCCAUCGCUAUUGAAAGGAUCGACUGCCCAUUCAAAACCUAUAAUGACUAUUUGCGGUGGACGAAUUGCUUACAAUAACGGAAAGUUUGACUUAGGACGAGGUAAACUGAUGGAGCUUAAAUCACAUUCUCCCUAUUUAUACUGCAUGCUGAAGCAAGUGGAAGGGGUGCAACCUAAUGGCAGCACAAAUGAAGGCAUAGUAUCAUACAGCCAUCAAUCACAUCUUAAAGAGAACUUGAGUAAUAGUAGCCGAUCAUUUCCCGUGAAAAACGUACAAAGGCAACAAUUUGAUUCAGUUUAUUCCGCAACGCCGGAUGACACAAGUAAUAUACGUGCAUCCACAAAAGUAUUGAAUCCACCAGGUGGACGUUCUACGGGAUUCUGGUGA